UAUUUUUGGUUUCCUCUCUAUGCAUGUGCAUGUGUGGUUAAUAUGGUGAACUGGGCCAUCUCCUCCACAACAACAAUCAUGCAUGUUGCUCGGGUUUCAUUAUUGCUUGGACUAUUCUUGUUCAUCAAGGUUGUAAUAGAAGAUUUUGUGAAUGAAAUAGCUGGCUUCUGGUCUCUAAAUUUGAGUGAGAGAGUGGUUAGAGAAAAAAUUGGAAGUGGGUUCGUUGUCAUUUCCUUGAUUUUGCAGUUGGAAGCAUCAUUAGUCCCAGAGGACCCCAUGCGAAAAAAGAAAAGGGACUCCACAAAAUUUUUCGAUUAUGGGAUGGCAAUCUUGGUGGGCUUCAGUUAUGGACUCCCCUUUGUCUUCUUUGUGGUCCAACAAGGAGAAAUGAAGUUCUGAUCAAGUUGCUCAGGAACAAAAUGUACCUAUUGGCUACAAUUUCCAACUUUCCAUUUAAUAAAUAAAGGAGUGUAUUGGGUAAAGAACAGUGUAUUUAUACCACUGCACACCCUUAGCGCGAUGGUCACUUCACAAGUAUAAAUGCUUGCAGGGUGUAGAGACAAGAGGUGAGGUUCAAGUAUCUAACAGAGAACUUCACACAUAUAUACACUUAGAUUAGGCUAGAGUAGAAUUUCUAUUAUAUAUAAAAUAAAAAAAUAAAAUA